UUUUUUUUGUAGAAACUUUAAUGAAUAUUCAUAUUCUAGGAACAGGAGCCGUGGGCUGUCAUAUAGGCUCUGUGUUAAAAGCCCACCAAAAUAAGGUGACAUUACUACUUCGAUCGACCCAACAUGUCAAUGACUUUGCUAGUCGUAAUAACACCAUUACUUAUCGCAGCCAAGGCAAGACCAGUUUAGUCAGUGGAUUCGAAUCGGCCCAUUUAGCGAGUGCCACGGAUAACUCACCUAUCGGAUCCUUGGUGGUUGCUACUAAGGCCCAUCAUACAUUACAAGCACUUUCACCCGUGGCCUCGCGUCUUAGUGCCACUAGUACCAUCCUAUUAUUGCAAAAUGGAAUGGGUAUAGCGGAAGAGCUCCAAGCCAAAUUUUGGUCGAAUGGUCAAGAAUCACCUCGCAUUUUGGUAGGUGUGAAUCGACAUGCGGUGGAACGCAUGGGACCCUAUGAUAUCUGUCAUUAUUCGGGUUAUGAAGAUGCUGAUGGACUCAUUAUUGGUGAAAUGCCUUCUUCCUCAGGUAAUGUCAAGCAUGAAGGAAAGUCUGAAUUGCUGGAGACGAUUACACAUAUCCCUGAAUUUCAAGCCAAACAGUUGCCCUGGAAGGACGUUCGAGUUCAAAUGCUCAAAAAACUGAUUAUCAACUCGUGUAUUAAUCCUGUGGCCUCUGUCUUGUUGACCAAGAAUAAGGGUGUUUUGAGUGAAGGUGGAUUGAAUGUGAUGCACAAUGUGUGUGAAGAAGCCUAUGCGGUUCUGAAAGAUGAGCUGCCUGGUGAGACUAUGGAAUCCUUGAUGGCACUUGUUUUACGCAUUGCCGAAUCAGCUGGAGAAAAUAGUUGUUCGACUUUACAAGACGUACGUGGUCAAAGAUUAACAGAGAUUGAUUAUAUCAAUGGCUAUAUUUGUAAAUUGGGAAAAGAAAGAGGUGUGCAAACACCUGUGAAUCAAACGCUUGUCAAUUUGAUUCAUGCUAAAGAAGUGUUGUACACACAAUAGAAUUAUUAAAAAUAGAAUAAAAUAAAAGCUGGGACCUUUUUUUCCUUUCUUUUUCAUUUGAAAC